UUCCAACCCUUCAACCUUAGUAGGUAACUUGACAACUCUAUUACGAACUGACGAUCUUACGAACUCGUACGAAGCUCCUCCAAAAAAUAGAAAUAAAACAUUCCAAACCUGCUUUGACUUCAAGCUCUUUUCUACACAUUUCGCAAAGUGAUUUAAAAACCUAGAAAUUCCCGAAUUCCUAAACAUCACUGCCAACUUCCACCAUGGCACGACUAGUCCAAGCGCCCUUGACCCAGAAUAGGGUUAUAUCUAAUCCGGAUGCUCUGAAUGACCUCAACCGCCUACUCGCUCGUUUGCAGGAGAACAUCCUUCAUGCAGAUGCCGACAGAGAGCGGCGACUGAGAGCUAGCGAGUAUGACCGUAGCAAAGCCAGAGUCAACAUCGAAUACGCCCGAACGAUCGUGACGAAGCUGGAGCAGGACGCGCUCGCCAUUAAGGUACACUCGCGACGUCAAGAGGUGCAGGCCGAUCUGAACCAGAAGCGAGAGAUCCUCGAUCAAGUCACCGAGAGAUUCCAGGAGUUCGAGGAUGUCAGUGUCGACAGCGAUGAUGACAGCUCCGAAGGCGAGGAUCUGCUAGGCGGUAUUAUUGCUACGCCGAGCGAGAGCGUGGUGUCAGGCGAGGCUGCGGAUCAACAAGUCGACGAGGACGAGGAUGAUGCCGGAGAGGAGCAAAAUGAUACGGACGAACAAGCCGACGAAUCGAUCCUCAUGCUUACCGCAACUACAUCUGCAUCCUCUCACCAAGCAACCACGACAGACACCGCCCCCCAACAGACGUCCGCAGGAACAAGUACAUCGCAAACCUUGCGCGCCCGCGGCAACGCCACGCAGCCCGACCCCACCGCCACCAUAGCAAUAGCAACAGACAAAGGCGAAACCACCGCCCUCCGCACCGAGCUCUUCGGCAACCGAACCAGCCCCACGAACCCCACCACCGCCACCGCAACCACGGAAGCAAUAAUCGACCACCACCGCAGCGAGCAAGACAAGCUCACGGAAUCCAUGGUGGGCAUGGCGCGCGCUCUCAAGGAAUCCUCCCGCGCCUUCGCCUCCUCGCUCCAGGAAGACACGGAUGUGCUGCGCGCCGCGGGCCAGAACCUCGACCGCAACGAGCGCGGGCUCGGCGCUGUGGCGGGCCGCAUGGGGACGCUGCGACGCAUGACGGAGGGGACGGGGUGGUGGGGGAGAGUGCUGCUUUAUGGGUAUAUUGCCGGCUUGGCGGUUUUUGCGCUCGUGUUGGUUUUUGUGUUGCCGAAGUUGAGGUUUUAGGGGGUUUGUUGAGGAGAUAGGUGUGGAUGGGGGGAAGUGAAGGCGUACGGAGGUGAGGGAGGGCGAGGUGGAAUGUGAAGCUCGUGAAGAAAGUUCUAAGAGUUGGAGGGAUUCGGGGUCCCGAGGUUUUUAGGACGACCGGUUUACGAUAUUACGAAGUCCGCCGCCGUUUUUUUUUUACGUUUUACGUUUUUGCAUGGCUCCGGCUACGGCUACGGGAAAGAGGAGUUAUUUGGGUUUACGGGCAAGUCAGGCGUCAGAUUACUCUUUGCUUUGCAUAGGAAAGGAGAAAAUUGGGGGAAAUUUCAGUUUUGCAUUGUGAAAGAUUAUUGGUUUUGCUAUCGAGGUCGAU